AUGGCUUACAUCCUGAACCUCCCCAUCAGCAUCCUCGAGCAGAUUGCGGAGGCUUGCACUUGGGGCUGCGAUCCCAUCUCCGACUCUCUACCAGCAUCAUAUGCACGAUACCAUGCGGCACUUGCCCGCACAUGCCGCGACUUGUACACAGUUCUCAAUGAGGGACUCUACAAGCGAAAUCUCAGGCGUGAUCCGCGCCGAGCGUCCUGUGUCUCAUGGGCGGCCCAGAAUGGGCGCCUGGAUACAAUGAAACGCGCUGUCGAGUACGGUGCUGAUCUGAACUCUAACGGUGUUGCCGAACAGCACGAGGACGGCUUUGACUGGAGUUCGAACGAUGGGUACUUCACACCCCUCUUCGCCGCUGUUCAUCUUGGCAACGGGGUCAUUUUUGACUAUCUGAUGGCCCAGGGAGUCGAUUUCAACGUCCCGUGUCAGGGCUGCCCUUGCGGUUCUGCGGCCGGGGGGUGUUACGCAAUACAUCUAGGCUUCCAAGCGAACCGUCUCGCUGUCAAGGAAAAAGCGCACCCUUAUGUAGAGGCUCUCAUCAAGAAGGGAGCGCGCCACUUCUCUAACGCCAUGAGACUGCAGCCGAUCGACCUUGUUAGAAAUGGCUAUGACCAGGCCGUGGUACUUGAGGUAUUCGAGGAAGCUGUUGAGCAGGAGAGAAUGAAAGCAUUCUAUUCUGCUGCCCUUGCGGGGCACUAUGAUCUCGCGAGAGCCAUCCUACAGAAGUAUCCCGAUUUCGACCUGUCGAAGCCCAUGUCAGACUAUCUCCCUGUGUCGAAAACUGGCAUGACUGUCAUCCAUUAUCUUGUCAUGUCGAUGGAGAAUGAAUUUAGCUUUCUCGAGCUGCUUCUUGACCGGCCUGAACUGGAUGCCAACAUGGAGCUGGAGGAUGGCGACAACCUUCUCCUACUUGCGAUGCUUAGCGGCGCAGUUGAGACUGCCAGGAUCCUCACUUCGCGCCCAGAGUUCGAGUACAAGGCUAACAACGCCGGUACAACGCCAUUACACGGCGCUGUUGUCCGUGGAAAAGAAAUGGCUGAUUUGAUUUUGAACCUGCCCGGAGUCGAUGUCGGUGCAGUGACAAAACGGGGAGAGACAGUUCUCCACUGUGCCCUCGAGCACCGAAGAGAGAUAAAAGAUCUCAAGAUAGAAGAAGAACUCCCAGAAGUAGUGCAGAUGCUCUUGGACCAUCCCGAUAUCGACCCGCUAGCAGUAACCCGCGAAGGAGAAACAGCCUUGCAGUACGCAUGUGGUCAUAAGAGAUCCGAUCUAGCCUUGAUGCUCCUGAAAGAUCCGAGAAUCAAGGAAUCCCCUACUCAGGUAGGUCUUGGACAUCUCAACUUGCUGUUCACUGUGGCGAUAGAGGAGGGAUCGCCUGAGGUGUUGCAGGAACUCCUCAAUACACGUCCUGAAAUCGACAUUGAUGCCCAAGACAAGAGAGGCAACACGGCGCUUCACUUUGCCUGCAGCCAAAACGGAAUCAUACCCAGCAAGAAAAUCGGCGACAAGUUCUUUCCAUACCGCAUCAAGGAGAAUCAUAUGGAAGACCUUGUCCAGGUUCUGGUUAAAGGCGGUGCCUCUAUGGAUCUGGUGGACGUCCUGGGCCAGACUCCUGUUCGACGCGCUCUAAGCCAUGGUCUAUUCCGCAUUGCGGCAUGGAUGAUAUCAGAGGGCGCCGAGCCCCCAGUCGCUGAAAGUAUGUUAGACGCGGCCUUCCUAAGGUACCGUGAGCGUGCAUCCUUUGCUAUGUACAUUGAGGUCGUCAAAGAGCUGGCCGCCCAUAGGAUCGCAGUCAAGGUCAUAGAUGAUCUCCCGCCAACCGAGCUGGCCUGGUUGGUGCAAGAUAUGAAAACUCUGGCUUUCUACCUUAACGGUAUCCCGGACCUCGGUCUGCCUGAAGCACCCGUAUCUCAGUUCACCCUCCCAGCCGGAUUUUAUAUGGACGGUUUUGAAGAGCUCCGAACUGGGUUGAAGCCCGAAUGGGUCAUAUACAUGAUCCAAUAUGGAGCCAGACUAGAAAUUCCGGUAACAUAUCCGAACGGAGACUCGGAGUCGCUACUGGCUGCCUACUUCCGGGCUAUUGGGGUAGGACAUGUGGAUUUGGAAAUGGACGCAGACAAGUUGAGGCUUUUCAUCGAGCCUCUCGUGAACAUGGGCUACGCGUGUGGUCCGGUAGGCAAUCUGCCAUCAGCGUUGGAUGUUGCGUGCCAAACAGAUAUAGCGGGCGAGAAGAAGAUGCUACAAAUAAUGAUCAGUGCAAUGAGGGAAAACAAUGUGAAGAGACAGCAUAUCAAGUACCUCAUCUCCAAGUAUGAGGGGGACGACGAGGUGCUUUACUAUCUGAAGCGGUUUGAGCAGCUUGAGUUUGGAGACGAAGCUGAUGAGAGUGACGCUGCAGAAGAGGCUGACCAGGAUAGCUUUAGCGAAGAGGAGGAUGAUUGGGAGGACUCUGUUGAUGGAGGCGAUUAG